AAGAGUAACCCGGCGUCGUGUGUGAAACUCCCGAAAGUACUCUUAAAGUAGUUUGAACUCUGGAGUUCAAACGUGUGUGUGUGCGUGCGCGUGCACGCGCACGGCUGUUGCUUGAGGGGUACCUUUAAACUACCCGCCGAGGGACGGUAGGUGGCACGCGCGCGUCGUGUUUCGCUCCCACUUGAUAUCCCUGUUGUCCGUGGACGGGAGCUAGCUUAGCUUAGCUUAGCUUAAGGGAAACUCACCCGAGUGUGUCAGUGUGUCGUCGUCGGGUUUGUACCAUGACGUCGGAUAUUGCGGACUGAACUCGCGGCGUUGAAAACCGGUGGAAACUCUCGACCUCCUCCCACUGAAAGCGUCCGGACCACGAAGCUUUUACGGAAGAAGUGAUUCCUUUGAGGAUAAACCCGGUUCGAGAAGAUGAAGUAUGUGUAACGUGAACCUGGGAUCGAGCUGCGGGCCACCCGACGGAGCGGUCGUGUUCUCCGGUUUAUCCACAAGUUGAAUCCCCAGUUACAGCUGUGCCAUGGAUGCGGUGGGAUAUAAGCAUGAGUCGCACUACACUGAAGCAGACAGCCUUUGGCAUGUGACGCAGAAAGCAGGAGAUGUGGACCAGAGGAGCCGGGAUGGUGAGAGCUGGAAGCUGGUGGAUGUACUUCUGUCGGGUGGAGCGCCGUGGGGAUUUACCCUCAGAGGAGGACUGGAGCACCGGGAGCCUCUGCUCAUAACCAAGGUGGAGGAGGGCAGCAAGGCAUCAGCUGUGAGUCUCCAGGUGGGAGACGAGCUCAUCAACAUCAACGAGAUUCCCCUUAGCGGCUUCAGGCAGGAGGCCAUCUGCCUGGUGAAAGGCUCCCACAAGACCCUCAGUCUGGUGGUGAAAAGGAACAUGAAAAUGGUGGAUAUUGUAGCUCUGAAAAUGCCCUCUGAGAAUGACGUGCAUGUGGCAAGAAGCUUUCUUACGAAGAUCUUGCGAAGUUCCAUGAGAAAGAGUCGCUUUAAAGGGAGGAGUGAACCCAUAAGCAGGCCUCACUCCUGGCACGCCACCAAGUUCAACGAGAGCCAAUCGCAGACUGCCAAAGCGCAGUCUCCGCCCACGCAGGUCUGGCACGCCAGACAUGACGCAAGCUCCUCCUCCACGGACCUGUCCUCUGGCUGGGAGCAAACCGACCUGCGCAGAGUGUCCGACCAGUUCAGCUCACUGGGCAGCAUGGACAGUCUAGAGCAUGUCUCGCACCCGUACCCCGCCGGCCAGCUGUCGCCCGCCAAGUCCAACAACAGCAUGGAGCACCUCGGGGGAGGGAAACGGGACUCGGCCUACAGCUCCUUCUCCACCAGCUCCGGCACGCCGGACUACACGCUGUCCAAGAGCGACGCCGCCUCCACGGAGAACAUGCUCUGUAAAGUCGGUCAGUGGGACGCGGCGGGGAAGCAAAGCAACGCCAGAAACGCCGGUGAGGGGGUCAAACCGGAGGACCGGGUGGCGUACUUCCAGAUGCCGGGGGUCAACGCCGGCGGCGCCGCGCCGCAGGCGGACGACUCGGCCGGCUCGCGCCACUCCACGUCCAGCAGGACCACCGCGGGCCCCGUGUGGCACGUCCCCGAGAUGAAAAAGAAGACCUCCCCGUCUCCCCCGCCUCCCCCUCCGCCGGCGCGCAGCGACAGCUUCGCAGCGACGAAGGUGCACGAGAGGGGGCUCGUCGCAGCUCACCCCGAAGGACCCGAGCCGCACCCCCCCGAAAACCGCCGCGGCCAUAACCCGCCCCUGAGAAACGACGCGCCGUCCGACACAUCCAGCCAGUUUGGCUCGAGCAGGCCGCAGUCGCUGUCCAGCAGCGACGUCCGGCAGGCCCCGCCCCCCCACCACCAGAGACAGCACGGCGACAAAAGCACCUUCUGCUCUCCGGCCCGAGCCGUGUCAGUGCCGAAGCCUCAGAACGUUGGGGGGUACAGCAGCAGCAGCAGCAUGCAGGAGCUGCCCACCAACGGCGCCGCACAGCACUUCGCUCAGAACCACAGAAGGAACUUGAGCACCUCCCUCUCCACCGCCGCUGAGCACACCGCCGACACCAGCCCACACAGCCGGUACUACUGCGUCACCACGGUGCAGGGCGCAAGAACCGAGGACAGGAACGGCGUCACCGGCUCGGACCCGGCGCCGGCCGGAAGUGAGCGCAACUCCGUCAGCCUGCAGACGGUCGCCAAGGUGACGUAUCAUCUGCCCCAGCAGCAGCAGCAGCACUCCUCGUUCAGCAAGGACAGCAAUGGAUUCAGCAAGCACCAAGCGACCUCUGUGGCGGAAGCCCCCGGAGCCAAAUCGGGCUCCGACGGGCGGGGGAGCCCGAGGGGGCCCGGCGCCGAGGCUCCGUUCCCGAGCCACGCCUCCGGCUGGCAGCCCGAACAGCGGAGGCCUCCGCCGCCGCAACAUCACCACCAGGACGUCCGACAUCACGGCCAAGCCGGCAACAAGAUCUGCCCCCAGGGGAGCCCCAUGCUUCACUUCCUGUCCAUGGACGGAGACAACGCCGCUGCCGCCGCGGGCCACGGCGAGGCGACCAGAGGCCCGAACUCCGAGGAGUCCCUCGACAGUAAGAUGGCGAGACGCAGCGACCGCUUCGCCACCACGUUGAGGAACGAAAUCCAGAUGAGAAGAGCCAAGCUGCAGAAAAGCAUUAGCGCAGCCGGUCUUCCUGGCAUCGAGGGAGGGGCCGAGAGUGAUCAGGAUGUCUGGAAGUCCCCCGAAAGCGCCCCCCCGACGUCCGCAGAAGGCUCCUACAGCGGCUCCUACAAGGAUCAUCUGAAGGAAGCACAAGCAAGGGUCCUGAAGGCCACGUCCUUCAGGAGGAAAGACCUAGAGCCCUCUGCGGCUGAGGGCUUACCCAACUACCCGUCCUCCCGGAAGGACGCGGCCCCUCUGCCGACCGUCUCAGAGUCCGCCAUGCCCAGGGGGGGGCCCGCCGGGGGUCAGGUGACUCGCAUCGGCAGCCGCAAGCGGUUUCCAGCGGAAAAGAAGGUGCGCUCGUUCUCCGAACCGGACCAGAUCCACCAAGUGGGGGUGAGCUCUUCACCAAACCACCAGCAGCCCCGCAAAGAGGGCGGGACCCCAGCUGUCCCCAAUCACGGCCCGCCUCGGGGCAGUGGGGGAAACCCCGCGGAGGCCGAGACCCGAGGUCUCCACCCCACCAGCGACACGGAGGACCCCGUGAAGGGCACCAGGAGCAGAGCCUCCACUGCAGAGGCCCAGGAAGGUCGUCACUCUGCACACAGGCAGGGCGUCCUGGACCAGCACAGACUGGGCACCUUCGCUGAGUACGAGGCCAGGUGGAGUGCACAGAACCCCCCGCCCGAAACGAGAGCCUCUGGACGGUACCGCUCGGCUGACAACAUCCUGGAUCCGGAGCCAGAGGAGAGAACCAAAACCACCUGCUUCCACGAGAGAUCUAGAUCGUCUCCUUCGGCCGACAUCUAUGGACGGAAGAUUCAGGUCCCUGCAAGGAGGUCCGAGACCGAAAACCCCCCGACGGAGGGCACACCUGCCGGACGGCUCGUUGCUGCCACGGGGUUCCCCGACGGAGGACCCGCCCACCGCAGCGUGAGAGAGACUCACCACGCGGCGCCGCCUCCCCCAGGAGCCCACCCGGACCCCCGCUGCCUCACUGGGGCCGCCCCCCCUCCGCCGGAGGCCCGCGGGGGGCCCUCUCCGCCGCCGCCCCGCCGCCCGGAGGUCGACCCCCACGAGCCCCUCUCCGGUUCCCAGGGAGAAGCCCUCCCCCGCUGCCCUCCUCACCCCGACCACGCUGCAGAGGGAGAGCCCGCGCACGGCGACACAGGGCGAGGGUCCGCACAUCGCCCGACCCCCCCGACUCCCCCUCGCAGGCUCGCCAUGGAGGAGCACCGCUCUCCGUCGCCACACUUUUCUCCUCAGAGACUCAGCGACAAGCCUCCGGCCCCUCUGCAGGACCAGGAACCCCCCAGGACGCACCAUGUGGUAGAAAACCCACAUUCUGCCGCCAGGAAAGUCCCCAUCAGGAUCGUCCACUCGGAGGUCGGUGCGGACAAAGAGGCGUGUCCCUAUCUGCAGCACAGCGCCCCCCCCCACGCCGUCGAAGCAGAGGGUCCCGGCGUGAUCCGGCUCGCGGGGGAGGACUCUGGCUUCUGUGCGUUCUCUCGACAGGGGGAGACCGCUCAGGCCGACGCCUACAUGACCACCGUUGGAGACCACGUCCACUCGGACAGCCCGCCGCCGCCGCCGGGCCACGCAGAGGUCACAGAGGUCACACUGCUCUCCGAGGAUCAGAAGAGAGACGAGUUGGUUUGGAGCAUCAUGGGAAAGGAUAAAUCGCUCGCUGAAAUCCUGGACCAGAGCAAGAUGAAGACCACCAUGGACCUGAUGGAGGGCAUCUUCCCUCAGGAGGAGCAGCUGCGGGAAGGAGCCCACCAGCGCAGGAAGGUCAUCCGGCCUGCUGAGGAAAGGGAAAAGGAGGACAGCGCGGCGGCGGCUGUCACCAUGGUGACCACCUCGACGUACUACAGCACGUCUGCUCCCAAGGCCGAGCUCCUCAUCAAGAUGAAGGACAUGCAGGAAGAAGAGGAGGAGGACGAAGAGGACUCCGAAGACGAACUGGACAUCGACCUGGCCAACAAGAAGCAAGAGCUGAUCGACAGCCUCAGCAGGAAGCUGCAGGUGCUGCGUGACGCCCGGGAGAGCCUUCAGGAGGACAUCCUGGACAACAACGCCCUGGGAGACGAGGUGGAAGUGCAGGUCCAGCAGGUCUGCAAGCCCAACGAGCUGGACAAGUUCCGCAUGUUCGUCGGGGACCUGGACAAGGUGGUGAGCCUGCUGCUGUCGCUGUCGGGGCGCCUGGCCCGGGUGGAGAACGCCCUCAACAGCCUGGAGGAGGACGCCACCGCGGAUGAGAGGCGCACGCUCACGCAGAAGAGGAAGCUGCUGAUCCGACAGCACGAGGACGCCAAGGAGCUGAAGGAGAACCUGGACCGCCGGGAGCGCCUGGUCUACGACAUCCUGGCCGCCCAGCUGCCGGGGGACAGCCUCACGGACUACGAGCACUUCGUCAAGAUGAAGUCGGCGCUCAUCAUCGAGCAGCGGAAGCUGGAGGACAAGAUCAAGCUGGGCGAGGAGCAGCUCAAGUGUCUGACGGACAGCCUGCCGCUGGAGCAGAGGCUGGCCCUGUGAGGGGGGGGGAGUGGGAGGAGCUUCGCGUCCAGCAGAGGGAGACAGAGACGAGUGGGCUCACGGUGCGAUGGACAGACGUCGGGUGUCCUCCGUGUCUCCAGCCUUUCACGCUGUUUUCUUUUAGUAAUUUAUUGUAGCCUUUUGAAUCUGCGCAGGAGGGACAGUAUUUUAUCUUUAACUGAAUUUGAGCUUCUUGAACAAGGAGUUUUCCAAUAUUGUCCCAAUCUGGAACGCAUCAAAUCUGGCCGAAAUAUUUCAGUAAACACGUUUGGGGUUUUGUGUUUUUUUGUUUUUUAACCUUUAUAUGCUUUUAAAUUAGUGGCCUUUUGGACUCUGAGGUUUCACUGAAGAAGCAGAGCUUCACCUUCACACUUUUGACUUGACUUCUGAAGUGCCUCCAAAUCGCCGCCCUCUUUCCUUCACUCCGUCACGUCGCUUUUUGUUACUUUUUAGUUCACAGACAAAAAGAAAAGGAGAGUUUCCCCACAUCACGACGCUGAUACUUGUUUGUUUCAUGACUUCACUGUUUUUAUUUGUUAUUCACUGUGCGGGUGUUAAAAUGCGCAACAGCUGUUACUUCUAGAUCAAUUUCAAACAAACACACACACACACACACACACACACACACACACUGCCGGAGGAUGUUCGUUCUGCACAUUUUGUAUCGGUUUUCACGCACUGAAGCCCGACUCUUUAACACUUUACCAGCCGCGCUCCUUUAUAUCAAAUAAAAGAGUCCGCUGAAAGCCGUCUGACUGGUUGUUAUUUCAGUCACUCA